AAAACCAUUUUCCAUCUUCCUCAUCACCUUCCCAAGAAGAAGAAGAACACUGAAAAGAAGAGAGGUUAGCAAUGAUGGGCAGUGUCGAGCUGAAUCUGAGGGAGACUGAGCUGUGUCUUGGUCUUCCCGGCGGUGAUACGGCGGCUCCAGUGACUGGAACCAAGAGAGGAUUCUCGGAGACGGUUGAUCUGAAGCUGAAUCUGAACAAUGAACCUGAAAGCAAGGAAGGAUCUAAGAGUCAUGACGUCGUGGCUUCUGUUUCCAAGGAUAAUAAUUCAUCUCCCAAAGAUCCAGCCAAGCCUCCUGCCAAGGCACAAGUUGUGGGAUGGCCACCGGUGAGAUCAUACCGGAAGAACGUAAUGGGCUCGUGCCAAAAAUCAAGCAGUGGCCCGGAAACGGUGGCGUUUGUGAAGGUGUCGAUGGACGGAGCACCGUAUUUGAGGAAAGUCGACUUGAAGAUGUAUAAGAGCUACGACGAGCUAUCUAAUGCUUUGUCCAACAUGUUCAGCUCUUUUACCAUGGGAAAAGUUGGAGGAGAAGAAGGAAUGAUAGAUUUCAUGAAUGAGAGGAAAGUAAUGGACAUAGUGAAUAGUUGGGACUAUGUUCCCUCUUAUGAAGACAAAGACGGUGAUUGGAUGCUCGUCGGCGACGUCCCUUGGCCAAUGUUCGUUGAUACAUGCAAGCGUUUACGUCUCAUGAAAGGAUCUGACGCCAUUGGUCUCGCUCCAAGAGCAAUGGAGAAGUGCAAGAGUAGAGCUUGAAGUUACAAGUUUAAGAGGUAAUGGUCAUAUAUUUGAUUAACACAUUGAUGAGUGUUAAUUGUGGUUUUUACUAUGAAAAUCUUUGUUUCAUAUCUACGUUUUCUUUUAAUUGUCUGUUUUGAUCUGAAUUUUAUAUAUGUUGGUGUGUAGAUACGAUUUAUAUGCUAAAUAAUUAUAUGUAAUGAACUUAAGUUAAAUAUGUGAGACGUUUGUAAUAGAACAUAUGUAAUAAUUUUGAACAUCUUUUGUGUUUGUCUUUCU